AAUAGUAAUAUAAUGACAUGUGAUCACAGCCCCGCCUUUUGUAUGACAUCACUGAUAUAAUAGUAAUAUAAUGUCAGUGAUUACAACCCCGCCCCCUUUAUGACAUCAAUAAUAAACUAUAUAUGACAGUGUAAGUUGUUCUCCCCUUUUCAGUACGGGGUCAGAGUUCCCCCUCCCCGUCACGGAGAGAUACCAGACAAUGCCAAGGAUCGGCAGACAUUCCUCCGGCGGCUCCCCUCCCCCUGGUCGAAACUUGCCCAGUGACUAUAAAUAUGCACAGGAUCGGGUCAGCCACCUAAAGAUGUCCAACCAGGAGCGUAAGGCCACCAAGGAGGGCACAGUGUGGCAGCUGUACGAGUGGCAGCAGAGGCAGCAGUUCAAGCAUGGCAGCCCAACCGGACAGAUGUACAUGGGCACCUUGGAGGACCGAUCCCGGGCCAAGAGCUUGUUGGACGUCCCCCGAUGCGUCUCUGUCCCUCCUUCUCCAUCUGACAUCCCACCACCAGCUCCUCCAAAACUAUUUCCUCCUCGGAGACCCCACACUCCAGCCGAAAGAGUCACCGUGCGACCAGAGGAAAGAGCAGCCGACAUCCCGUACAUCGGGUCACCUCAGAAGACGCGGGUCCAGGCUGUGAAGUCCUCGUCUCACAUGGACCGCCGCUCGAUGCCCUCCAUGGGAUACAUGACGCACACCGUAAGUGCCCCCAGUUUGCACGGACAGUCGGCCGAUGACACUUACAUUCAGCUGAAGAAGGAGCUGGAGUACCUGGACCUCAAGAUAAAGUAUAAUGAACCUCUGAUCAACUUGGUUCACAGUGUUUUACGGAACUCCACCCCGGGGUACCGAACGAGCAUAAACGUGACCGGGCGAGAAUCCUUCAGGGAUCGAUCCAUGAAACCCGUCAGAAUCGCGGAAAGUGACAUUGAUGUGGAGCUCAGUGUCCUCUGUGAACAAGAUCGGAUCCUGCAGGACUUGGAGGACAAGAUCCGGGCUCUGAAGGACAAUAAGGACAAACUUGAAACGGUCCUUGAGGUUUUGCACAGACAGAUGGAUCAGUACAAGGAUCAACCUCAGCACACGGCGAAAAUCUCCUACCAGCAGCGCCUCCUACAGGAAGACCUAGUGCAGAUCAGAGCCGAGAUGUCCAAAGUCUCCUCGGAUAUGGAGAAUUCCUGGAACGAGUAUCUGAGGCUGGAGAGCGACGUCAUUCAGCUGAGACAGUUAUUACAGGAACAAAUGGGCCGAUCCCCGUCUCCUCAGGACAGAACUCAGCUGCAGAAGGAUCUGUGGAGAAUCGAAGACGUGACGGCCGGACUCAGCGCCAACAAACUCAACUUUAAAAUGCUGGUCGAGUCCUUCAAGAACCCAGAAAGGAAAACCGUGCCUUUGGUCACUUCCACAUUCGUGCCUUCCGGAACUACAGCGUUUACAUCGGUUCGCAGUAAAUCAGCGUCACCCCAGAACCCACCAAGUCUUGUGAAACCGACACUAGAAGUGGGACUGUACCCUCAGCCGUACGUCCAGGGCCGAUCCCAGUCACAGCCUCAGCUGCUGCAGAGACCAGAACCGCGCCUGCAGUCACCGACCAGGGCGCCGACGCCACCAACGCCUGAGGACAGCGCCCCCCCGCGGCCCCCGCUGCCUGACAUGUACAGUCCUGAAGAGGCCGACCCUGCGCCAAACAUCCCACCUCCACCUGCGCUGGUGCCACCGCCGAGAGAAUCGUCCGUCAUCAGACACACGUCAGUGCGCGGCCUAAAGAGACAGUCCGAUGAGAGGAAGCGAGACCGUGAGCUGGGCCAGGGUGUGAAUGGAGACUACAGGGUGGAGCUGCGAACGUACGUGAGCGAUCCGGAACUCGCUAACCUAGGCGACAGCAAUACCUCCACCUUCCAGGGCUCAGAUUCCGGCUAUCAGACAUUACCCACCAGAGGUUUAUCGGGGUCGACCUCCCGAGUGUCUCAGUCAUCGUCUGUUGCGUCGUACGUCACGUUGAGGAGGGGCACCACCACAGACGCUCCUAAGGACAGACCAAAAAGUGCCUUUGAGCGCCUCUACGAUGGCGACAACCAAAGAGGUAAAAUGAGCGCCGAAGAGCAGCUGGAGCGCAUGAAACGGCAUCAGAAGGCCUUAGUCCGUGACCGCAAGAGAACGCUGAGCCUGGGAGACAAACAGGCAGUCACCAGCAGAGCUGCACCCCGACCGCUGUCUGCAGACCUCAGCUCAGUAUGUUAGCGCAAUGGGCGGAGCUUCCUCUAACACGUAGUCUGUAGUGAGGGAUAGAAGGCACUUUACCCGCUGUGUGCAUGGAUCACCAGGUAGACUCAUUGCUUCAGUAACACAAUUAGCUGCAGGGAUUUACGGAGGCCGCGCGUUGCGAGCUUCUGGACACGAUGCAACCGAAUAGUUUAUAAAUCUACAGAUUGUUAUAUUUUCUAUAAAAAGAGAUUCACGGCAUUUCCUGUCGCCUCAUCUCCGCUUCCAGAUUAACAAGCACAAGAUCCUGCACGUUCUAGAGUCAUCACAUAUACCGUAGCGCAGUGUUUCCCAACCAGGGUGCCUCCAGC